AUAACGAUUACAUAUUUACGAGUUCCUCGAGUGUUUAUUGUUUUCGCUCUUGUUACAUUAUUAAUUAAAACUGCGGCUUGAACUGCGUCGAGAGCUGUGAGAGCUUAUCAAAGUCCCCGGCUAAAUCUUAUCUGUUCGGCAAUUUAGUACGUUGUGAUUACGCCGAUUGCGCAACCAUUUGAUUGUUCAGCACGGAGAGUCUGAAACUGCAGCGAAUAACGGCACAUUCCAGUUAUCAGUUACAGUUAGGACGCGGGAGACGCCUACAGCACUUUUGUACGGAGAUUUCUCGUUUUCCCGGGUUUCCAGUGUCAGUUGUAUUGUUCCAGAUUGGUGACAAACAAUUUCGUCUAUCGUUUCCAGUCGGUUCAUUCAUAAUAAAUACCCAGUUUUAAAAUGUUCGCCCUCCGCCGCACCGCCGCAAUGAUGACGUCGGUCCACCGGCAGCCGCAGCUCACCCAGGCAGUUUUCCGGGCCAAUUUCGCCUUCAGCGCCGCGGAACCCAGUACGCAUAAAAUAUCCAUGGAUAAUGAAAGGAAUACCUUGAGUGCCGUGAGUAAGAACUCAUUUGUGGUAUGCUCUCCCGAACAGAUGGCCCAGAAGAUUCCUGCCGGACCCGUCGUGGAUGUCCUCGGUGACGAGAUGACCCGCAUCAUCUGGGACUCGAUCAAGGACAAGCUGAUUCUGCCCUUCCUGGACAUCGAGCUGCACACCUACGAUCUGGGUAUCGAAUACCGUGACAAGACUGAGGACCAGGUGACCAUCGACUGCGCCGAGGCCAUCAAGAAGUACAACGUGGGCAUUAAGUGCGCCACCAUCACUCCUGACGAGAAGCGCGUGGAGGAGUUCAAGCUGAAGAAGAUGUGGAAGUCGCCCAACGGCACCAUCCGUAACAUUCUGGGAGGCACCGUCUUUCGCGAGGCCAUCAUCUGCAAGAAUGUGCCCCGUUUGGUCACCGGCUGGCAGAAGCCCAUCGUCAUCGGUCGCCAUGCCCACGCCGAUCAGUACAAGGCCGUGGACUAUGUGGUUCCCGGACCCGGCAAGCUCACCCUCACCUGGAAGGGCGCUGAUGGUCAGGUGAUCGACGAGGUGAUCAAUGACUUCAAGGGUCCCGGCGUCGCCCUGGGCAUGUUCAACACAGACGACUCCAUCGUGGACUUUGCCCACGCCUCGUUCAAGUUCGCCCUGGACCGCAAGUUGCCGCUGUACAUGAGCACCAAGAACACCAUUCUGAAGAAGUACGACGGUCGCUUCAAGGACAUCUUUGAGGACCUGUACAACAAGCAGUACAAGAAGGAGUACGAGGCGGCGGGCAUCUGGUAUGAGCACCGCCUCAUCGACGACAUGGUAGCCUAUGCCAUGAAGUCCGAGGGUGGCUUCGUGUGGGCCUGCAAGAACUACGAUGGUGAUGUGCAGUCUGACUCCGUGGCCCAGGGAUACGGUUCUCUGGGUCUGAUGACCUCCGUGCUGCUCUGCCCCGAUGGCAAGACCGUGGAGGCGGAGGCCGCUCACGGAACAGUGACGCGUCACUUCCGCUUCUACCAGCAGGGUAAGGAGACCUCCACCAACCCCAUUGCCUCGAUCUUCGCCUGGACCCGGGGUCUGCUGCACCGCGCCAAGUUGGACGACAACGAGCCGCUGAAGCAGUUCGCCGAGACCCUGGAGCAGGUGUGCAUCGACACCAUUGAGGGCGGCGCCAUGACCAAGGAUCUGGCCAUCUGCAUCAAGGGCAGCAUCAACGCCGUCGAGCGCAAGGACUACCAGGAGACGUUCGAGUUCAUGGACACGCUGGCCAAGAACCUGGAGGCCGCUCUGGCCAAGAACGCCGCCGCCGCCAAGUGACUAUCCGGCGCACACUCCGAGCCGCAGGCCUCGCACCUCUAGGGAACCACUCAGCGAUGCCUCGUCCUCGUCACCACAUUCACUAUAUUUUCAUUCGUUUAUGUAGAUGUGCAUGUCCUAGACUAACUAUCUGUGUCCUCGAUGCAUGUUCCACACUGUUUCAUUGUCUCUGCGAGACGCAAAAAACCCCUGAUUUCCCCAUAACGUCUAACGGAAAAGAAAUUUCAAAUAAAUGUAUUUUUAUACCGGA